CCGUGGCUUCGAACUCUUCACAAAGCAGUAUGAACAGUUCCCCUAACGGAACGCCACCAAUAAACAGAGCUAUAAUGUCUAGCCCUUUCACAGUGCUCUCAGCCAGGCAUGAACAUGCCUUCACUCACAUCCACCCCCAAGGACCUCAGAUGUUCACCUACUCCAGUAUCAGUCCUGUGAAUGCAAUCAGUGGUGUAAUAAGUCCCACCACCUUGAAUUUGAUACCGUCGCCAGUGGCAACCCCUCGAACAACCCCUCGCUCAACGCCUGUCCCUCGCUGGACAAACCCCUUCAUCCCCUUGGACGAGGCUGUGGACUACAAUAUGAUUGCCAAUUUGAUGCAUGUAAACCCUGACGAACCAAUACUUAACGAAGAACGCUUUUUCCCCGUUGUUCCAGUCAACGAUCCUAUGGACAGCAACAGUAACCCCAACAGCAACCACCACCACCAUCAACAGCAGCAACAACAACAACACCAACAACACCAGCAACACCAAAACACCACCAACAACAACAACAACAGCGGUGGUGGUAGCGGUGUCAACAGCGGAAAUGGUCACCAGUCGUCAGAUAACAGUGGGAAACCACCACAGCAGACGCAACAAUCACAGCAGCAACAACAACAGCAGCAGCAGCAACAAACCUGAAACAGGGGCAUGCUAUUACAGCAUAUAUAUACAUAUAUACAUAUGGAAAAUAUAGCUAAAUAAAUGAAAUUUCAUGUAUUAUACAUAUAUAUAUAUGUAUAUAUAUAUAUAUAUAUAUAUAUAUAUAUAUAUCCUAUGUUAUUAUAGACUCACAACACAGACAAAUGUAAGCAAUCUUGCCUCUAUACAUAUAUGCAUAAAAUUCACACUAAUAUAUAUAUAUGUAUACCUACAUUGUGUAUAAAUAUAUACACACAUGUAUAUACAAUUCUUACACACACAAAUACUCAU